CCCCUCCGCCCCUUUUAGUGCUGCGGUGCGGUGCCCAGCCAGAGGAGAGGAGGAGGCGGGUGCUCUGCUCCUGCGCCACCACUGCCACCACUCCCGCUGCUCGUCCGGCCGCUUCGAGCAGGUGCGGGCGGGUCCGGUAGAUCGCCGCGGAGCUUCCAUUUCCGAGCAGGAAGGAAGGAAUCGGGGGCGGAGAUGAUGCACGCGAAGUCGGAGUCGGACGUGACGAGCCUGGCGGCGUCGUCGCCGCCGCGGUCGCCAAAGCGGGGCGGCGGGGUCGGCGGCGGUGGCGGGGGCAACAACUACUACGUGCAGAGCCCGUCGCGGGAGUCGCACGACGGCGGGUACAAGUCCUCGUCGAUGCAGGCCACGCCGGUCUACAACAGCCCCAACGAGUCGCCGUCGCACCCCUCCUACGGCCGCCACUCGCGCUCCUCCUCCGUCAGCCGCUUCUCGGGGAACCUCCGCAAGGGCGGCGCCGGCGCUGGCGGGGAGCGGAAGGCGCUCAACGACAAGGGGUGGCCCGAGUGCAACGUCAUCGAGGAGGAGGGGCCCUACGAGGACCUCGCCGGCGACAGCGGCCUCUCCCGCCGCUGCCAGAUCAUCCUGGGCUUCCUCACCUUCGUCCUGCUCUUCACCGUCUUCUGCCUCAUCAUCUGGGGCGCCGCGCGGCCGUACGAGCCCGAGGUCAUCGUCAAGAGCUUGGUGAUGGACGACUUCUACGCCGGUGAAGGCACAGACCACAGUGGGGUUCCAACCAAAUUAGUCACGACGAACUGUUCUCUGCAUAUAUCUGUGUACAACCCUGCUACAAUGUUUGGAAUUCAUGUCACCUCUGGCCCCAUUCAUCUGAUCUAUUCAGAGAUCUCAAUCGCGGUCGGCCAGCUUCGCAGGUACUACCAACCGAGGAAGAGCCACCGUAUGGUGACGGCGGUCAUCCACGGCGAGAAGGUACCCCUCUACGGCGCCGGCGGCAGCCUGAUGCUGUCGAGCACAGGCGGGGCUGUGCCCCUGACGCUGGACUUUGACCUGACCUCCCGGGGCUACGUGAUCGGCAAGCUCGUCCGGGUCACGCACAAGGUGCACGUGACGUGCCCCGUCGUCGUCGACGCCAAGAAGACCAAGCCCAUCAGGUUCUCCAAGAAGGCCUGCGCCGUGUACAAGGCCUGAGGUUGAGCUUUUUCGCGAGUCGUGAUCGACGGACAAGUGUGUGUUCUUGCAAAGAUGCCUGUAUUUAGCUAUUGUGUUAAUGAUGAAGAACAAUAAGCACACGCAUAUGGUUUGUUUGAGCCUUUUGGUUUUGUCGGUAAAUCGCGCUGUAAGGCGGUAUUCUCUUUUUACUUAUCUAUCUUUUUAGGGUGUGAUCUUAGGGAGAGAUGGCUGUAAAAUGGUCCUAUAUCUGCAGUUUCAGAUUUGGAGGAACCACGGGCUGGUUUUUGAGAGAA